UUCCAAGCUGGGGCAGAAACAGAAGGAAAGAGACGCGCGGUGUGUCUGCACUGCUCGGAGCUGAGCGCCACAGCCCCCGGGAUAACGAGCGUUGCCGGCGCUUGGACCUCAGCAGCGCGAGGCAAAGCUGUCAGUUCUCAUUUCGCCCAGGGUGGCGCUGACUCCGUCUCUAAGUCAGCAAAAUGAUGGAUCUGAAAGUAGCUGAACCUUCUGGAGACAGCGGGUUUGGGGAAGGGAAUCCAGACCCGCUCACUUCUCAGCAGAGGCGGUGUCUCCAAGAAGCGGACGCGAAUCAAAAGCUCUUUCUCGGUGGUUCUCCGGAGACCGCGGUUUGCGUCUGUGCCUUUCAGAGCCCAGGAAAGUUCAGCUUCGUAAUCGAAAGACGCCCUUCUGGUGGAGCAGGACCCCGGGCCGAGUUCCACACCCACUGGGGCUCUCGGAACAAUGGGGAAAGUGGGAGGCUUGGCGGGGCUGAGCGCGGCGCGCGCAACCUGGGUGCGAAGCGGUGCCAGACGCGCGGCCGUUCGCGCAGCGAGCUGCAGAGCUCAGCUCGCCGGGUUGGGCGCGGGGCGCACGGGCCUGCGCGGGAGAGCCGGGUAGCGGUGGCCAGAGGGAGGCGAGUUUGCAGAGGAGCGAGGCCAAGGUGGGCACGAGGGCCAGGGGUGCAGGGACUGGGGCGCGCAGGCAGUGAGGCCCGAGCCACGCCCGAGCUGGGCGCGCUGCAGCCGCGCUCAGAGUCCUCGCCCCUUCGCUCCUUUCUUGUAUCCCGCUCCCGGCAGAAGCUUCCAAAAGCGCUUCGGGUCGGAUGCAUUGGUUUCCUGCAAAGCUUUGUCUCGGGUCGGCUCAAUCUCCAUCAAUUAUUUACGAGAGCUCUUUCCCGGGAAGGCGGAGCGGAGCAGCCUUCGGGACGUGACCAGCGUCUCCGGAUGCAGCUGCGGGCGCUGGGCGGCUCUGAGUUCUCUUUGUUCGCUCACUUUCCCUCUGCCGAGCUCUGCACGCGGCGCCGCCUCCCCGCCCCCAGCCCGGGCGGAGUCUUCCGAUGUCGCUGCCACGCAGGGAGAAUGCUGCCAGGCCCACCGUCCCGCAGACAAAGGCUUCCUGAGAAACCGUGCUAAUUCAGGGCCCAGGGAGCCAACACCGCUUCCAAAGAUCCUUUGCACGACCCUUCAGCCCUGGCCACAAUGUCCCUCUCCUGUAUUGGGUGCCAGUGUCUUUUGUGGAAAUAAGAGGCCGUGGCUGGGAUCCACAGUCUUUAUUGUAGAGCACCCAGCCAAACUUGAACCAGAACUAGGCAGGCUUGCCAAUGGACCUUUUAGUGUGUGCUUGCAAUAAUGAAUCACCUACUCUUCAAUCAAGGAAAGAAGACUAAAGUCUCAACUUUGAAGCCUGUUACCAGACAUUUAACAAUGCCUAUCCUUCAGUUAUCAUGACUUUAAAUGUAUCACAGUAUUUUAAGUCUACGUAGCUUCACAGAUUGCAGGCUCCCUUUGUGCACUCAAAGAACUUUGGAGGUAGCUAUUACCUUCCCCAUUUAAAGCACAGAGUACUUGAAUUACAGAGAGUUUAAAUUUCUUACUCAAGUUCAGUUCCAUGAUCACAACUUGAACUGGGGCUUUCUGUUUCAUCAAACAUGUUUUAUAUCUGUCUCAAGUACCUCUGUAAAAACACUACAGUUUAAAAGUCUAUGUCUCUGAGGCUGAUUUUGCACUUGUGCCAUGCUUCAAUAUUUUAAAAGAGUCCUGUAUUAUCUACAUUUGGAGGCAACCCUGUCACUUAAUAUUACAUAUGAAGUUUUUCUCUUCCUUGCAACUUGUGUAUAUUUUUAUUUUGCAGUCUUUUGGAAAAACCAGUGUAUUCCACAUCUAUUUUUCUUUUAAUGAGAGUGUAAUUUGCUCCACUUACCUAUCAAUCUUCAGUGCUUUAACUUUUGCCUUUGCUUCUAUAGCCAUUUGAUUGCAAACAAAAUAAAGAGUAACAGGCAUAAACUAUGUUUAAAGAGGCACCAGGGGUUUAGCUCAUUGGUGAUUGAACUCAGGAUCUUUUGUACACCAUGCAAGUGCUCUAGCAUAGAGCUAAAACCCAGCACCUCUUUCAAGCUAUUUUGUACUUAUCUGUUAUUAUCAAUUUCCUUUGCAAACACUGUCAGAAUCCAGACCUUCAUAAUCCUGCUUAGACUGCUACAAAUGCUUCUCAUAUUAAAUGACAGAUUCCUUCCACCAAAUCCUACUUCCUAAUGCUGCUAGUUUGUAUAUUUAUUAAACAACACUUUCCUCUGGCCAUGCUGUUUAUAGGACAAAUUUAAACUAUUCUCCUUCCAAGGAAGUUCACCUUCCUCAUCCUAUAAAAAUGUAGUUUUUUCUGAUACUUCCCUACAGGGUUCCCCGUCCUACUUAGACUUUUGUACCCUUUACUCACAAACAUACAAACUCAUCCUGCUUCUGUAUCUCCUAUUUGGCAUUCUCAGUACUUGGCAUACUCCUUUUCUCAAUCUUCCUUUAUGUCUCCUGUUCAGAAUUUGCUCAUAAAGUCAGCUUAUGUUCCCUGGCUUUUCCUAAUGGGCUUAGGUCAAUUAGUUAAAUUUCCUAACUAUCAGUUUUGACUCAGUCAGUGGUUUCUUUACAUGUUUAUGCAGCACGUAUUGCUAAAUUCAUGUUAUUAAUGGCAUCUAAUUCAUGUGAUUGUUAUUAUGACAUAAUAAAGGUAGUUCUUAUCAUAGUGUAUAGAACACAGUAAACAUAACUGCUGAUAAGUGAUGAUCAUAGUGGUCUGGCACCAUGUCCUGUCAGUAAGGAUUAGCUAUCAUUUUUACUGUGUUUUAUCAAUAUUAUUAACUUAAUCAAAUUAUCCCAUUCUUUUAUUUAUAUAAGAUUAGUGUCACUCUGAUAGAAACAGGUUGUAUUGAAUUUGUUAAUAAUUGCCUAUCCAUAUAAUGAAUAUCUUAGGAUAAUA